AUGGACUCGCAGAAUGACGGCUAUCGUCUAACAAACAGUGGUUAUGACUAUUUGGCGUUGAAGUCGCUCACCUCCAGAGAAGCCAUUUCUUCGUUUGGAAACCAGAUCGGCACAGGCAAAGAGUCCAACGUCUAUAUUGUUGCUGACGGUGAAGGCAAUACGGCUUGUCUAAAACUGCACAGACUGGGCCGCAUUUGCUUCCGUAACCUGAAGGAGAAGCGUGACUACCACGCGCACCGGCACAAGGCCUCGUGGCUGUACCUGUCCCGCAUCUCGGCCACCAAGGAGUUCGCCUACCUGAAGGCCCUCCACGAGCGCGGCUUCCCUGUCCCCAAGCCUAUUGACUGCAACCGGCACUGUGUUGUCAUGCAGCUGGUCGAUGGAGUUCCCAUGUAAGUGUCACCUAAUUAG